UGACGUUGUGGACGUGUCAUUUGUGGACAGCUCGUUGGCGGCGUUGCGCAGGCUCUUUCUUGCUAAAAGUCUUAGUGGAGUGUUACUAAUGAACAAAAGUUGAAUGGUUUUACUCGAUUUGAUCAGUUGAUAAUUUAGUUAGGAUAGUUAAAUCGCAAUAAAUCAAAAUGGGAAUAAAAUUCCUCGAAGUUAUAAAGCCGUUUUGCAGUAUAUUGCCGGAGAUAGCAAAACCUGAGAGAAAGAUCCAAUUCCGGGAGAAAGUAUUAUGGACUGCAAUCACACUAUUUAUUUUCUUAGUAUGUUGUCAGAUCCCCUUAUUCGGUAUAAUGUCUUCGGACAGCGCGGAUCCCUUUUACUGGAUCCGUGUGAUCCUUGCCUCAAACAGAGGAACCCUAAUGGAACUUGGUAUCUCUCCCAUUGUCACAUCUGGACUGAUCAUGCAGCUGUUAGCUGGAGCGAAGAUCAUUGAAGUUGGUGACACUCCGAAAGACAGGGCUUUGUUUAAUGGAGCACAGAAAUUAUUCGGCAUGGUGAUCACCGUGGGCCAGGCCAUCGUGUACGUAAUGACAGGCAUGUACGGGGAGCCCAGCGAGAUCGGGGCCGGUGUGUGUCUGCUCAUCAUCAUCCAGCUGUUUGUGGCCGGUUUGAUUGUGUUGCUGCUAGAUGAACUUCUUCAGAAAGGAUACGGUCUCGGCUCCGGUAUCUCCCUUUUCAUCGCGACCAACAUCUGUGAAACCAUUGUCUGGAAGGCGUUCUCACCGGCUACCGUCAACACUGGUCGCGGCACAGAAUUCGAAGGUGCAGUGAUAGCACUGUUCCACUUGUUGGCCACGAGACCUGAUAAAGUGCGCGCCCUCAGAGAAGCGUUCUACCGACAGAACUUACCUAACUUGAUGAACUUGCUCGCUACUGUAUUGGUCUUCGCUAUAGUUAUAUACUUCCAGGGCUUCCGCGUGGACCUGCCAAUCAAGUCGGCGCGUUACCGCGGCCAGUACUCGUCGUAUCCGAUCAAACUGUUCUACACCUCCAACAUCCCUAUCAUUCUUCAGUCUGCUCUUGUUUCUAACCUCUACGUCAUUUCUCAGAUGCUGGCGGUGAAAUUCAGCGGCAACUUCCUGGUGAACCUGCUGGGCGUGUGGGCGGACGUGGGCGGCGGCGGGCCGGCGCGCGCCUACCCGGUGGGCGGGCUGUGCUACUACUUCAGCCCGCCCGAGUCGCUGGCGCACAUCGCGCACGACCCGCUGCACGCCGUGCUCUACGUCGUCUUCAUGCUGGGCUCCUGCGCCUUCUUCUCCAAGACCUGGAUCGACGUGUCCGGCUCCUCCGCCAAGGAUGUGGCGAAACAACUGAAAGAACAGCAAAUGGUGAUGCGCGGACACAGGGACAACUCCAUGAUUCACGAGCUCAACAGAUACAUCCCCACCGCGGCCGCUUUCGGAGGCCUUUGUAUUGGCGCCUUGUCGGUACUGGCCGACUUCCUCGGCGCCAUCGGCUCAGGCACCGGUAUCCUGUUGGCCGUCACAAUCAUCUACCAGUACUUUGAGAUAUUCGUCAAAGAACAAGCCGAAAUGGGCGGGAUGAGCACGCUUCUAUUCUAAGGAGAAAAACUCACGGAUUGGCCGAAAAUUUCAGCCAAUACGUAACUAAGUCGCGUCGCGGAAAACGCUGCGCAGUAAUCGAUUUCUUUUCUAUUUUUCGUAACGAAGUUAUCUGCGCAGCGUUUUACGCGGCGGAGUGGUGUUGUGUGCGUGGAUACGCGUGUGUGGGUUAUAUGCUAAUUUAUAUGAGAUGAACUUUAUAAUAAAAUAAUUUACGAGAAGUA